AUGGAUUCGACUCCUCGUUUUUUCAUCGUCCGCAAUCCAGGACCACCCGGCACAGUCGUCCAGGACACCCAGCCGGGCAAGCAGUCCUCCAUUGUGCCACUCAUCCCGGUGGACAUCCUGCCUCCCUGGGUCAAGAUCGAAGGAUACCCCCGCGGUUUGAGUAUCGAGCAAACCGCAGGGAUGACCAGCCUGGGCGGGUUCCCUCCCGAGGAGGGCCACGUCCGCGUCCAGCUCUUUGACCUGCCUCUGGCUGGCGACCUUGCCUUGGGCGGAGGGCAGCAAGCUGCUCCAACGACCGAGGCCCUACCACCCCAGAACAACCACCACGUUAUUGACACCACGAUGGCCAACACCACCGUUCCUACUGCAAGGCCCUCUGGAAAGCGACAGAAGGAGCACGGCUCGCGAGGCUCCCCAACUGGGAGCCGGAGCUCCGAGAACAACAACAAGUUCCACAAGCGCCAGAAGUUUAGCAACUACCCCCCGAGCCGCCAGAGCUCCGCGAAGGCAGAGAUAUACGUCAAUGGAAAGAACGUCUACGGCAAUGGCAAGAGCAUCUACGAGCGGGGCAACAGGCUCGGGCUCUGCCAGGAGUGGUGCCACCACGGGGUGUGCAAGCGGGGGAACAAGUGCACCCUCUCGCACAGGAUGCCGCAGUCGGCGGGGGAUCUCAAGGCCAUCGGCCUGGACAAGGUUCCGAGGUGGUGGACGGAGAGAUAUCGGGGACCGGGGAUGGGGGGCCCUCGUGAGCAGAAGGGUGGGAGCUCGAACCCGAUGGGGAUGAAGCGAAAGGCCGCUUCCCCGUUGCCCGCGGCUGGAUCACUGACCAGCGGCACCCUAGUUGCUGUGGCAAACCAGCCACAGGAGAGUUUGGUUCCUGGUAUGUUCAACCAUUCGAUUGGGGCGCAGAAGGAUGAGGAGCUUCUGGUCAAGUACUGA